AUGGACAUUUUUAUAUGCAAAUAUGAAAAUCAUGAAAAUGAGCCGAUUAUAGGAUUUUGUGUUAAUUUAACAUGUUAAAACCCUAGCUAAUAUUGUUACAAAUGCUUAAUGAAAGUGCAUUCAGAUCAUCAUCAUGAUUGUAUCAGAUUUAAAAACCUAUCUGAUUUAAUCAAUUAAUAUAUUUCAUUUUAAGGUUAAAUUAUAUAACAAUCAAAUAAAAUAUUCAAUCAAAUAAAAAAUUAGAUUUAAGCAAAUUUCAAAAGAAUGGAAGACAAUAUUAACACUUUAAAAAGUUUGAAUUAAUUAUUAAUAACAUAAGAAUACCUAAAAUUCAAAUAAUCAAUGCAUAUUAUCAAAUAAUACUAUUCAUUAGAAUAAUAAAAAUAAGAAGGUAAAUCUUUAUUUAUUUAAUUUAGAGUUAUUUAUAAAUUAAUUAAAUGAAUUCUAAAAAAUUAUUAAAUAAAAUGGAAAAGAGAAUCAAUAGGAAAUGGAAAAAAAUUUUGAAGUGGCAAAGUAAUUAGCAAAUGAAGGAAAACAUGAAGAUGCUUUAAAUUGUAUGACAAAUCAUUAUGUCUUUAAAAUAAGAAAGAUGAGAUAUUUAGGUGGAAGGGUAAUAUAUAUUUUUGUAAUAUUUAUAGGUCAGUCAUUAUUCUAGUUAUAAAGAAUAAAAGAAGGAAUACAAUGUUGUGAUAUGGCCAUCUAAUUUAAUCCUAAAAAUGAUAUGGCUCAUAAUAAUAAAGGUAUUGCAUUUAAUUAAUCAUUAUUAAUAGGAUGGGCAUUAAACAAAUUAAAAUAAUAUAAAGAAGUUAUUGAGUAAUUAGAUAAGGCAAUUGAAUUGAAUCCU